AUGAUGCAACUGGACACAGAUCGUGGCGAUGAUUGGGAGGAUGAGGUCAGAACUACGAAAACUGCAUAUUUGGUACAGUUGAUCAUGGAUGGUUAUAUAUUUAAGAAGGAGAUAUGGCCUGGUGGCGAUAGUUCUCUACCUCUACACAUCUACAAGCCUAAGAAUCCUAGCAAGGUUAAGCGUACUGUGUUACGUAAGAAGAAGAGCAACAAUGGGAAGACAAAAGAUCUUCUAUCGCUAAGCAAAUGGCGUAGCCAAUCAAAGAAAUAUAGCUCUAACCGUCGUCAGCAGAAAUUAGAGGAGUUCUUAUCUGCGUCUCAGACGAGUAAUGAUGAACUCAGAAGCCAGUUUCAGCAGUUUGUGGCGUCUACUACUCUGACUAUUAAGGAACUGCAAAAUCGUGUGGAAAAACUUAAACGUUGUUCCAGAUCUCGGAAAUCCAUUGUAGUGGGAAAAUUUUCGUCGCAACGAGUGAGGAUGUCUUGUUGGAAAAAGAAGACAGGGCGAAAUACUCUAUCCAUUUCAACUGCCAUUUCUUCCCAAUCGACGAAAGGGUCCAUCAAGCCUGUUUCUAUAGAACCAGUAGGAGAUGAGGCUGUUGGAAAUGAUGCGGUUCAUGAGGAUUGGGAGAGAUAUAGCCCUGCUCAUCGGAUUGUUUCUGAUAUUAACUUACAAGAAGAUGAGGGAUGUUCACAUAACAUCGGCCAACAUUCAGAGAAUUCAAAUGAAGGCAGAGGAAUACCGAGUGAUAUUUUUGAUGAGGCCGAUAAUGCGACACCCAUGGUUGUCGAUGAAACUGAUGUCAUUGAUACGUUACCUAGAUACGGUGCUGAAUGCGUCAUGGUUUCGACUCAGGAUGGUAAAAUAUUUGUUGAAAACCAUACUAAAAACUCUGCAGUGUUAAUGGAGAACCUAGUUGAUCCGGUUAAUGGUUUUGCAUUGGUGGAUGUUGCACCAGGUGUAGACACAAUGACAGAGGCAGAAGAAGCACCUCCAAUUGUAUCUGAUAAUUCAACAAAAGAUGAUGGUUGCCAAAAGGAGAAGAAUACAAUUGCUGGAAAAGUAGAUGGUGUAAGUAAAGAUGCAGUACAUUGUGAGAAAGUCGAAGACGUUUGUUUGUUUAGCGUCUUAGCCGAGACAGUGGAACCUCAUAAGUACAUAAAAACUGCAGAGGGUAAAGAACUUGCAAUUCAAGAUAAAAUUGUUAGAAAAGAAGAUGUUGUAAUGGAAGAUGCAGUCCGUGGUGCCUAUAUUAAGCAUGACAUACGAAAAAGUGGUACCCAAUAA